GCUGCCUCCAUGGAGCUGCCGGGCUCGCAGCCUCCCCGCGCCGGGCUGCACGCAUGCUGAGCCCCUCCGCCGCACCGCCGCUCCGGGGGGACCCGGCCGCCGCCAGGAUGCUCCUACCCACCUUGUACCUCGUGCUGCCCCUGCUGGAUGCACUUUUGUCCGCAGAAGUGAGCGGGCUGCCUGGAGGGGACCGCCUGGACUGCGUGAAAGCCAGCGAUCAAUGUCUCAAGGAGCAGAGCUGUAGCACUAAAUACAGGACACUGAGGCAGUGCGUGGCCGGCAAAGAGAGCAACUUCAGCCGGGCGACGGGCCUGGAGGCGAAGGAUGAAUGCAAAAGCGCCAUGGAGGCUCUGAAGCAGAAAUCCCUGUACAACUGCCGCUGCAAGAGGGGCAUGAAGAAGGAGAAAAACUGCCUGCGCAUUUACUGGAGCAUGUACCAAAUCUUACAGGGAAAUGACUUGCUUGAAGAUUCCCCCUAUGAACCAGUUAACAGCAGAUUAUCAGACAUAUUCAGGCUAGCACCAAUUGUAUCAGGACGAACAUGCACAAGAAAAGUGCCUUCCUGAUGAUAUAAAACCAGC